UUGUGGGAUAUAUGGGUGAGCAAAGGUGAGCUCGCUGGGUUUAAAGGACCCGCUAGCCUCACUGUGCCUGCUUCUGGGGAGACAGCCGGAGAGGACCGACCAUGGCACCUCGAGGGAAGAACAGAGUAUUUGUCGUGGGCGUGGGAAUGACGAAGUUUGAGAAGCCUGGGGCCCGUGAGGACUUUGACUAUCCUGAUAUGGCCAAAGAAGCAGGUCAAAAGGCCUUAGCAGAUGCAGGAAUCCCAUACUCUGCUAUUGAGCAAGCCUGUGUGGGUUAUGUGUAUGGAGACUCCACCUGUGGCCAGAGGGCCAUCUACCAUAGCUUGGGCUUGUCUGGGAUCCCCAUCAUGAAUGUUAACAACAACUGUUCCACAGGUUCUACUGCUCUCUUCAUGGCUCGCCAGCUGAUCCAGGGAGAUCUGGCUGACUGUGUGCUUGCCCUUGGGUUUGAAAAGAUGGAGAGAGGGUCCUUAUCCUCCAAGUACAUGGACAGGACCAAUCCUAUGGACAAGCACAUGGAGGUGAUGAUAAAUCGCUAUGGGAUGGUUGCAGCCCCGGCAGCACCACAGAUGUUUGGGAACGCUGGCAGGGAGCACAUGGAGAAGUACGGCACUAAACCAGAGCACUUUGCCAAAAUUGCAUGGAAGAACCACAAACAUUCCACCAACAACCCGUACUCACAGUUCCAGGAGGAGUACAGUUUGGAACAAGUCAUUAACUCUAGGAAAGUGUUUGAGUUCCUCACUUUGCUGCAGUGUUGCCCUACAUCAGAUGGGGCUGGAGCUGCUGUCCUAGCCAGCGAGGCUUUUGUCAGGAGCCAUGGUCUAGAGAGUCAGGCAGUGGAGAUCCUGGCUCAGGAGAUGGUAACGGACCUCGCCUCUACAUUUGACGAGAACAGCUGCAUGAAGAUGGUGGGAUACGACAUGUCCCGAAUCGCAGCCAAAAAGUGUUUUGAGGCAGCGGGCCUGAAGCCCAGUGAUGUUGACGUGGUUGAACUGCAUGACUGCUUUUCGGCCAACGAGCUCAUUACAUAUGAGGCCCUGGGACUGUGUCCAGAGGGUAAAGCAGGAGUGCUGAUUGACACAGGCGACAACACCUAUGGUGGCAAGUUUGUGGUCAACCCCAGUGGUGGUCUCAUCUCUAAAGGACAUCCUCUGGGUGCCACAGGUCUUGCCCAGUGUUCAGAGCUGUGCUGGCAACUGCGGGGGCAAGCUGACAGGAGGCAGGUUCCAGGGGCAAAGGUGGCUCUUCAACACAACAUUGGCUUAGGGGGAGCUGUGGUCGUCACACUCUUUAGGAUGGGGUUUCCUCAGGAGACCAGGUCUCACGUAGCUGCUGUUCUCACCAGUGCUCCCAGCGGUCUCGGGGGUUUUAAAUCCUACACUGUGUUCCAGGAGAUUGAGAAAAAACUGCAAGAGGAAGGAGAGCAGUUGGUCAAGAAGAUUGGUGGGGUGUUUGCUUUUAAGGUGAAAGAUGGACCAGAUGGGAAAGAGGGGCUUUGGAUUGUGGAUGUGAAAAAUGGCAAAGGUGCUGUUACCAAUGAUCCAGAUAAAAAGGCAGAUUGUACCUUUGCCAUGGGUGAUGAGGACCUCUUGGCUUUGAUGACAGGAAAAAUUAACCCACAGACGGCAUUUUUCCAGGGCAAACUUAAGAUCACCGGCAACAUGGGCAUGGCUAUGAAGCUUCAAAACCUCCAGAUGACACCGGGCAAGGCAAAGCUGUGAAACCUUGGAGCGUGUUGGAUACAUUUCCUGCCAUGGAAGUCUCUUUUAACCGCUGUGCCAUCCAUCUCAUUCUACUCCCUGCUGAUUUAAAUUAAUUUGUUAUUCGUAACUGUCUAGAUUUUUUUUUUGUCUUUUGAGUAACUGGUCUGAGGAGAAUUUGUUUAAUAGUAACCUCUCUGAAUACUUAACUCGUGGUUUCCAUCAUGACUUUGGGCAACUUUAAAUUCCAGUUCAGGAUCCUGCUUUGAUAACAGAAAGCAGCGCAUGCAGCAUGAUUGUGGAGACAUGCAUCUUUGGAAGUGGGCCCAUCAUCUUUAAGACUGGCCUAAUCUUGAUGUGACCACUGGCACUAACAGAUAGUCCUUUUGACAGUGUGUUUUGUUGCUGGCUCCUGUCGAAGAGGGUUGUAUACAAAUCCAGCACAAAUUUAUCAGAACGUUUCAGAUAAGAAUCCUGAGAUGGUGUUGUAACUUGAUACCUACUCGUGAGCUAAUGGUUACACGUGGAAAUGUGCCUCUGAUUUAUUUGUCUUUGAAAUAAGAUCUGUGAUUAC